AUACUGCAAUUAUUGGCCUUACCCCGUUGGUGAGAUGGAGUGAUGGAAUAGAAAGUGCAAAUGGCGAUGGGAUGCUCAUGGAGUAGUGAAAUUGACAUCAUGGAAUUGGUGGUGUAGAACUGCCGGAGCACAAUUUCCUCUACUUUCCUCGCAAUCUACAACAAUUCUGUUUGCCGACACUUCUGCCGUGUUCGUCUGUUCAAGUGAAACGAGCAUGGAGGACGAAUACUCAACCACAACAGCUGUACCAAAAACAGCAACAAGAAAAGUUGCUCGGUUCGGCAGUAGUAGCUACAAGUUCUGGAUCUUACUCGCAAUUCUGCUCCUCGCCUCCUGGUCCUUGAUCACUGGCUCCGUCACUCUCAAAUGGUCCGCCGGUAACCUCUCUCACUUCCCCGCUGAUGCCGAUUUGCCAGUCCACGGCGAUCUCGAUGUCCUCGAAGUGGAGGAGAGGGAGAAAGUGGUGAGGCGCAUGUGGGAGGUGUAUACACAGAAAGGUAGUGGAAGAAUAAGUAUAGAGCUGCCUCGGUUCUGGAGAUACGCUUUUGAAGCUGCUUAUGAGGAUUUGGCCAGUGAUGUUCCCAGCGUUCGAGACGCCGCCGUUUCAGAGAUCGCCGAGAUGUCCUUGCUCUCCAUUAAUACUAUUGAACCGCUUACUAUACAGUCCACCACUGGUAAUGUUCACGGUGUCGUCUGAUUGCAACUUUUGUACAAUACAACUAUUUAGGAAUUGCAUCACUAUCGUUAAAAAUACACUAGUUAUCUGA